AUGUUUGUCUUCUCAAACAACAAGGCAGGCAUGGGGAGUGUGGACAAGGAAAAGGUCAAUCACAUCAUCUACGAGAUGAGCAAGAACUCGUCCUACUUUAAGCAGGCUAAGCUUCAGGACGACAAACUUGAUCAGAAGGCAUGUAUCAUGCGUGUGCUCAAUGUGGCGGUGGCAGAGAUGAAGGUGAAACUCAAGGCACUGGGCGGCGUUCGCAAGGCCCAGCUUACCCGCCAGGCGGACAAGAUAGCGACAGAGCUGGAAGCACAGCGACAGCUCGAUGAUGUCUGUCUUGUGAUAGACAUGGACAUGUUUUAUGCGGCCGUCGAAGUCAGAGAUCGGCCCGAGCUCGCGGACAAGCCGGUCGCUGUUGGCGGCGAAAGCAUGAUCAGCACGACGAACUACCACGCCCGGCUCAAGGGGGUCAGGAGCGCUAUGCCGGGCUUCAUCGGCAGAAAGCUUUGUCCCGAGCUGGUGUUCGUCAAGCCGGACUACGAAAAGUACACGGUGGUGGCGGAGCAAAUACGGGAGAUAUUUCGCGAGUACGACCCCCGUAUGCGCGCUUACAGCCUGGACGAGGCCUACCUGAACGUCACCAAGGUAUUGUGUGAGAGACUGGGGUUGGACGGGUCGAACGCUCCAGCGGGAACGAAAGAGGCAGGGGUGGCGGCGUCGGCGGCGGCAGCGGGCGCACCAGAACAUGUUUGCUCGGUCACCUACGAGGCUGAAGCGGACACGAGCCGGCGACGACGUAUGGGCUCAAAUGUAAUGUACACAGAGAAAAGGUACGAGGGGGACGAGGAGGACGAGGAAGAGGCGAGAGAUGGCCGAAGCUGGGAGAAGAGGAACCCAAGAGAAACGCGGCGGAUUAGGCUGUUUGAGGCCGCUCGAGUCCUGGCGGAAGAAAUCAGAGCGAGGAUAAGGGAAGCUACCAAGCUCACGGCGAGCGUCGGCAUCGGUCCGAACUUCAUGCUAGCAAAGAUAGCUUCAGACUGGAACAAGCCGGACGGGCAAAUGUGCAUAGGGGGUGACCGUGCGGAGGUGCUGCGGUUCCUGCACGAUCUUCCUGUCCGAAAGAUCGGUGGCGUGGGCAAAGUGCAAGAGAAGUGCUUGAGAGAGGCGCUCGGCGUUGUUACAUGCGGGGAUCUGUUUAGGGAGCGGGGCGCUGUUAUCCAUGUCAUGACCCCGCACACAUCGCGAUGGCUGAUCAAGGCCUGCUAUCCCGACGCGGGCAAGGAGCGGACCUUCGGCGAGCUGUCGGCGCCCAGAGACCUCCUAGAUAAGUGUCGAGAGAUCUGCGACUCCCUCGCGGCCGAAAUGGCAACCAAGGGGCUCGAGGCCAAAACCGUCGGGCUCAAGGUUAAGACCACCAAGUUUCAGGUCCGUACGCAGGACUCCACGGGCCACGCGUACGUCAGCUCGGCGGACGACCUAUUCUCCGCGGCAUCGGCCCUUCUCCAACGGGAGAUACAGGGUGCCGCCGCCGCCUCCGCCCCGGGGGGGAAGCUGCGCCUCCGGCUAAUAGGGGUCAGGGCCUCCGGGUUUCGGGGCCAGGCUGGAGCCCCGGUUUUGCCUGGACAGGCGACGCUUGACGGGUUUCUUUCUUCGAAGGCGGCCGAGGGGGGGUGUCAAGGGGGAGAUGAGAGCGGGAACGACGACACGCGGCAGCGGAGGAAGGAGAGGGUGGACACCGCGGGGGGGGUAGAACAACAACCCGCGGGGUAUUUUUCGCGCCCGUCGAGGCCAACGCCUGCCGCGAUGGAGCACCCGUUCGUCGGCGGUGGUCAGGGUCGCCCUGGUUCUCGUCCGCGAAGUAAGGAACUACUGCGGGGGCUGCAGCCGGCGACGGGUAUCCCGCGUAGCGGGUUGUUAGCGACAGCAGCGGCGAAUGUAUCUUGUCCUGUGUGCGGGGAAGAGCUAGGUGCAGCGUCCAACGCGGCGCUAAAUCGCCACCUAGACGCGUGCUUGGGAGUGUGUGCACCCGCGGGCGAGGAGGAGGGGGGGGGAGUGGGCGGUGGAGGGACCGGCCGUCGGAGAUCGAAGGAAGAGGCCUUCCCGAAGAAGCGCGCAAAGGUUUCGAGCUCGGGGAUCGAACGGUUCCUCACAUCAAAGGAAUUUGUGUAGUGUUAUUUUGGUGACGUGCCUUUGUGUGUGUACAUGAGUGGUGUUCGUUGCUUUCAUACCACCAUGUGUAAAAUUUUCUAGCCAUGUGUUUCGCUAUGCCAGUUUUGUACGUCUGCUCUUGUCUUGGCUUGAUCGUCAGUGGACAAGCGGUCUGAGAGAAGGGAGCAGUGUUCAUCCAAACCCGUUUGGACCGUUGUACAUCUGGGCUCGUCUCACGCUUUCUCAGGGGAAUGUUAAAGCCGUUCGAUGUUGUGUGAGGUAACACACCGCCA